AUGUCUAGAACAUCCUUUGAAAAAUCUAUCAUUUGCACCGAGGAAGCUGCUCUGGAGUGGAGACUAUCAGAAAAUGAGUGGAUAAAUGAUUGGGUUAGAGUAAGAUCUGUGGAAACUAAGAACCUGUUUAUUGGUUUUGUUUGUUAGUUUUCCCUACUAAGGGUAACCUCAUAGAUUUAACUAACAUUAAAUAGUUCAGCAAACAGGAAUAUUACUUCCUUCUAGUAUCAACUUUAUAGAGCAAGAACCAGUGACCUUUCAAUGGAUCAUAUCUUCUGAGACAGAGAAUUGGUUUUGGGAUUACUGGAACAAGCUGGCCAGAAAACCUGGUGAAAAGGUGAAAUAUACCAAAAAACUGCCUAACUAUAGUUUAGAUGACUAUAGAGCUUUGCAUAGAGCCAUAACUAGAGGAUGGUUGAAGCCAGGCAGAAAUCAAACAAACUCAGCAUGCAUAGAGGUGAGAAAGAAUAUAUUUUCUUAUUUUGCCCAACUUGAAAUUGAUUUGGGUAUGCUAAUAAUAUCAUUAGAGAAAAAGCCACAAGAAAAGUAUUCAACAUGAAGAUAGUCUUCAGGUUGAACUACAAAGCAAAGAGGAGAAGGACAGUAGUGCUGUCGGGAGUCAAUCUGGCCUAGAUGAAGUAGAUUGUCAGCUGGAUUCAGAAAAAGAGUUGGAAAAUCAUGACAAUACCAGUCAAUUGAAUGAUAAUCUCGUAACAGACAAUGAGUUAUCCCAUAAGCAGUACUCAGGUAAGUCACAUUUUCAAGAAUUAUUUAUAAAAAUCUACUAAUUAUAAAUAAGACUCAGAUAGUGAAAUGAGGGACUGUGAGGAUAUUUCAAUACAAGGUCUUAAAUCUUCUAAUAAGGAACCUGAAAGGUCUUUUCUAUUCCAGGUAAUGCUUUAUUUAAGUAAAAAUCCCUUUAUAAGAAUUGAAAACUAAUAUUAAAGAUAGUUGAGGGAAGGAACCUUAGACCAACCCUUUAAAGCAGACAAAAAAUGCACUCCUGCAGAAUUUUUGUCAGAAGAUGUCACUAUAGCAUCUGAUAUUGAAUCCGAAGUGAAAAUGCUAAAGGAACUUGAAGGCACUGAAAGUAGGUACAAGAAAUUGAUAUUACUCUUAAAUCAGAAACUAAUUGACAAUUAGGAGUACUAGAAUCCUAUAAGUUUGAUUUGGAAUUGCAGAUUUUUCUUAAAACCUCUAAUCAAAUCUUGAUGGGAAAGACUGAGUUUGAGAAAUCAAUACUGGAAAAAAAUCAGGCAAUUGAAGACAGGAAAAUACUAGCAAAUCAGGUUCUACUAGUAGAAGAGCAAAACUUGAAAACGGAGAAAACAAUGUUUCCGUUGGAAGAAAAGUUACAAGACUUGAAGAUGCAAGUGGAGGAACAGGAAGAAGAAGGUAGAAGACUAGAGCAAGAGGGGAAAAGGAAAAGAGAGGUAGCAGUUAAGUUGGAACAAUUAAUAGAAAGGACAAAUGUAUUAGUACAAAAAAUGUAA